CCUUAGACGACAUCCCCGACAACCGCCACCAACACUCUCGCCUUAUGCUGCUUGCAUGGUCCACAAACUUGCGGCAUUGAUACUCACUGCCCCAUCACGACCCAAUAUUUGACACUGGUUCUCACUGCAUAGUCCAUUAUGGCCGGCCCACAACGGCCUGCCUCUGGGCUGCCAACAAGACGUACUGCGACUACGCGCCAGCCGACAAGACGGGCCGGUUCGACGGCGCCUUCGGUACGGGCAAGCUCUCCAGCAAUUGCCGCCAAGGCGCCUUCUUCCAGCAGUUCGCGCGUAUUGAAAUCCCCGGCCGAACCAUCCAGUAUCAUUUCGAAGCGCAAAGAAAGAGAUUUUGAGCGUGAGAUCAACGAAGACACCAGCAUCCAUGUUGUGGUUAGAUGCCGAGGCCGCAAUGAUAGGGAGAUCAAAGAGAAGAGCGGGGUUGUGGUGUCCACGCCUGAGGGAGUAAAGGGAAAGUCGGUCGAGUUGUCCAUGGGCCCGAAUGCUUUGGCCAACAAGGCCUACGCAUUUGACAAGGUCUUUUCCGCAGCUGCCGAUCAGGUCACUGUCUAUGAAGAUGUGGUACUGCCGAUUGUCAACGAGAUGCUUGCUGGCUACAACUGCACAAUCUUCGCCUACGGACAAACGGGUACCGGAAAGACGUACACAAUGUCCGGCGAUAUGACAGAUACCCUGGGCAUACUAUCGGAUAACGCCGGUAUUAUUCCGCGGGUGCUUUAUUCCUUGUUUCACAAGCUUCAGGAUACAGAGAGUACUGUAAAAUGCUCCUUCAUUGAACUAUAUAACGAAGAGCUCCGCGACCUGCUUUCAUCAGAAGAAAACCCGAAACUGAAGAUCUUCGAGAACGAGUCGAAAAAAGGACAUGCAAGCACACUCGUGCAGGGAAUGGAGGAAACAUUUAUCGACUCGGCAUCGGCCGGGAUUAAGCUGCUACAGAAUGGCAGCCAUAAGCGGCAAGUCGCUGCGACGAAAUGCAAUGACUUGAGUUCUCGGUCUCACACAGUUUUUACUAUCACCGUACUGACAAAGCGAACCACCGAGUCCGGCGAGGAUUACAUUAGCUCCGGAAAGUUGAACCUGGUCGAUUUGGCCGGUAGUGAGAAUAUCCAGCGGAGUGGUGCUGAGAACAAGCGUGCGACUGAAGCUGGAUUGAUCAACAAGAGUUUGCUGACUUUGGGUCGCGUCAUCAACGCCUUGGUUGACAAGAGCGCCCAUAUCCCGUACAGAGAAUCCAAGCUCACCCGCCUCCUACAGGAUUCUCUAGGAGGACGGACAAAGACCUGCAUAAUUGCUACAAUCUCGCCCUCGCGCAGCAACUUAGAAGAAACAAUAUCGACCCUGGACUAUGCCUUUAGGGCGAAGAACAUCCGGAAUAAGCCCCAGAUCAAUUCCACCAUGCCGAAGAAGACACUUCUGCGUGAAUUCACGUCUGAGAUCGAAAAGUUGAAGGGAGAGCUCAUUGCUACCAGACACCGGAACGGCGUGUAUAUGAGCGUGGAUGCCUAUGAGGAAAUGACCAUGGAAAGCGAAUCCCGAAGAAUUGUGAAUGAGGAACAGCGCGCCAAGAUCGAAUCCAUGGAGUCCAGCUUACGGCACAAAGUCCAGGAGCUAUUCACGCUCACUAGCAACUUUAAUGAUCUGAAGAAGGACAACGAAAACACGCGUGCUGCGCUUGCCGAUACAAACGAUGUUCUUGAGCAAACCGAGAUUGUCCUCAAGGAUACCAAAGCACAGCUUGAGGAGGAGGAAAUGUUGCGCAAAGCACACGAGGAUACGGAAGUCAGACUUCGCGAUAUUGGCGCUGGCCUCCUGUCAACUCUUGAUACUACUGUUGAAGAUAUCAAUGGUCUGCACGCUAAGAUACAACGCAAGUCGGACUUGGACGCUGCCAAUAAGCAGGCGUGGCAGGUGUCCGCUGCAGAAGUAUCGGAUGUGACCACUGUGAUUGAUUCCAGAGUGAAAGCGUUUCAGGAGCAGCACUCAGAGCUUGUGGAAGCCAUGUCAGACAAGAUCAAUGAGUUCGUCACGCGUGAGCUUGGCAAUAUCGAAAAGAACCACUCCCGAUUGUUGGAAUCUGCUGGCUCCUUUGAGAAGGCAGAGCGCGAGGCAAACGCUCAAACUUCGGGUGCUCAUGAUGAGAUGAAUGAGGUCCUCGAAGAGAUCAAGGACCUACGUGAGGAAGUCAAGCGCAAGGUUGGAGAGGGCCUGAACGGUCUAUCAGCUGCCGCCGCUCGUAUAUCCAAAGAGGUGAUUGGCGAAUUUGCUGAGUUCCAUGCCCAGCUGCAUUCGUCCUAUAGCGCUCUCGGAAAAGACUUCAAGUCGAUGUUUGAAGAUAUGGUCACGCAUCUUAACGGACAAAAAGCCGAGAUCAAUAGAUUGCGACUGGAGCUACAGGGGGCGAACAUUAAGGCCGUAGAGGCUAACCGCAGGGCGUCUUCUCAGCUGGCACAGACGCUUGAAGAAGAAUGUGCGAACGGAGAAGCUGAGCGCGAGCUCUUGCUUUCACAGAUGAAGUCAUUGAUCGAUGAAUCCCGUCAAAGGCAAUUCGGACGCUUGAAAGGCAGGGUGGAGACGAUGCGUACCGACCUUACUUCUACAGGCGAUUUCCUGGAGCACACAACCGCGCAAUACGAUCGCCAGGUCGACGAGUGGGUGUUCAAGUCGGAGCAGUUCGCAAAGGACGUUACAGCAUCGAAAGACGAGAUAAGGACAAAGAUGCAAAGUGACUGGGAGGUUUUCGAUCAACGGAAUGCUUCGAUUCAGAAGGCAACGGAGUCGGUUCAUCAGGAGACAGUCCGUAUUGUCGAUGCUCAGAUGAACAACAUGAGCAAGCAAAUGGAAGCCCUAGAUGAUUUCGUGGCCAAGGCACGUUCUCAGAACGGGCUUUACCGCGAUGCCCACCUGUCCAGUCUACAGAAUAUGGCAUCCAAUGUUCACCAAUCGUAUUCCUCAGUGAAUACGCAGUUCACCGAACUCGGUGGCCGCCUGGCCGAACUGCAGGAGGGAGCAAUCCAGCAACAAAUCAACCUGCAAGAGUCAGCCAUGCCACUCUCGGAUGAUGUCCGGAAGCCACUGUCAGACCUGCGCGACAACAUCCAAAAUCGGUCAUUCGAGGACUAUGUCUCUACCGGCGCUACUCCUAAGAAAUGCAGAUACGACUAUCCGUCUGAUCUGCCCCGGACAGAGACCCACGAUUCCCUGAAAACCCGGAUGAGAACAUCCAGGCAGUUCUCCGCACUGCCGUUCAGUGGUGAAGACCAGCUUCCGGUGCUUGACAGCUCUCCUGGAUCUCCCCCAUCCAAAGGCUUCGUUUUCAACGAUGCUGAGGACGAGGUAGGAACUCUACCACCCAAAACCGCGGUCACUCCUUCCAACACGGGACUUAGGGAAGUCGAUGCAAACGUCGUAAAACCGCGCGCAUCUAAUAUUGGGGACCAUGCCCUCGCGCGCAAGUCGUCUAUUGCGGUUGCGCAAACGCCUCUGGAUACCCUGGACCGCACACCAAGCAAUGAGGGGACAGACCAACCGCCCGCGAAACGACGCUGCUCGAAUCUCACAAUGACGGAUAGCAAGCUCUCACAGAAGAUGCUGACGAGAAAGAUGGCUGGGAUGCGGGAAGGACCGGAAAACGUCCCUCCCUCCAGCGCCAGGAAGCUGAGAAACCAGCCUUUUAAUUAAAUCGCACGCUAAAAACCUCUUUCUUUUCCUGUGCACGGAUAUUACACUGCUCGCAUGUGGGUGGCAGGCGUUAUGGGAUACCCUGGGAAUUGGCGGAAUAUUUGGAGAACGACAGUUGUUUGACACCAUGUUUGGGCCUUGGUCGGCUGGAUGAGAUGGGUACUAUCUGGGUUUACUUUUACUGCGGCACGGGAUAAUUUGAGUCCUACAGGCUGGUGUUUAGGUGUUUUUUUUGAAUCGGGUUUCUGGUAUAGAUACCUCGGUUGUCGUCUAUAGAUAACAUGGUUGAUCUCUUCACGGC